AUGCCUACCAUCAACGAGGAGUACGAGGCCUUCAUCCCGCCCCUAGCCGACUUCAGCGAGCUGCUUGAGCUUCCUGACAAUGCUUUCACUGCUUCUGGUGAUCUUCUAAGCGGACUCUCGUCGACGGCAGAGCCCAGCAGUGUUGAGUACGCGAUCCUUGAGCGAGCCAUAGGCGCAGAUGUUGAUCCUGAUCCCAGCUAUUCUCCUGACGACCAGCUCGGCAACUGGAACCUUCCUGGACCUGCCAAUGACCAGUAUGUCAGCCUCGAAGAGCCCGAUUAUGCCAAGUUCGAGAACUGGAUCCCCCAGUUCAUUCGACCAACGAAGCCAUGUGAUUACUGCGGACCGAGACGCCUCAACUGUUACAUCACCCGUGGCGAGACAUGCUGUACCCCAUGUCACUCUUUGUUUCGCGAAUGCAGCCUCACCAAUACCAGGACUCUGGAGGGCAUGAACGCUGCCACUGGCCACCUUCUUGACACCUUACAUGUUGUCGACGAGGACAUUGCAAAGGAGCAAGGCACCCUGACUGGCAUCAAGCCACUCAAAUCUAAGACUGGCUUCACCUCACUGCCAUCAGUACGUUCCGACGAUGCUCCUGGCAGCUCCAAAAGGAACGGUAUCCGCUUUCCGCGCCACGCUGUGAAGGUCUUGCGGGACUGGCUGGACGCACAUCAGGACAAUCCUUAUCCUACAGAGAAGGAGAAGGCCGAGCUUGAGAAAAGGACUGAGCUGAGUUCUUCGCAAAUUGCCAACUGGCUUGCGAAUGCCCGGCGGAGGCGGAAAGUGACAGAGAAAGCUCGCAAGCCGAUGUCGUCUCCGAGCCUGAAGCCUACCACGCCAGCUAUUGACAUACCAGCUCAAGACAAGCCAUGGGAUGAGCUCAAUCCGCUCGAAAGAUGGAAGAACAGCCCACCUGAGCAUGACCCUGCUUCCAUCACAGAUAUUGCCAAUGCCGUGGCGAACAGUGACCUUCCAGUCGACCAGGUGUCAACAUCGCCAUCUAGCGCAGGAAGACGCCAUAAGCGUUCGAGCGCUGGCUCUGGCUUCUCGAACAGUCGUGCACCCUCCACAACUUCUUUCGAGACCGGUCAGACAUCUUCAAAGUCUGCCUCAACGAGUGCAGCAUGGUCGCAACAGUCUUCACAAUCACGUGGGUCCUUUGGUUCCUUCAGCUCAGGGCUUGCUGGCAAGAAAGACCGUCGUAGGCGGCGGCGACCAGCACAGAGUACUUUGCGGAACCCAGCAGAAGAGAAGAAGCGCAUCUUCCAAUGCACCUUCUGUACGGACACGUUCAAGUCGAAGUACGACUGGACCCGCCACGAGAAGUCUUUGCACCUUUCGUUGGAGAAGUGGAUAUGUGCGCCGCUUGGACCAGUUAUUGCCGAUCCCACUACUGGAGUGAAGACCUGCGUUUACUGCGAAGAACAAGAUCCGAGCGACGAACACGUCGAGACCCACAACCACCGCCAAUGCGAAGAGAAAGGUCUUGAUGCCCGGACUUUCUACCGGAAAGACCACCUGCGACAACAUCUUCGACUCAUGCACAGCUGUGCGAUGAUACCAUGCAUGGAUAACUGGAAGUCAACAGCAGUCAACAUCAACAGCCGCUGUGGUUUCUGCGGCAAGAGAUUCACGAACUGGAAUGAGCGAGUGGACCAUCUGACGGCACAUUUUAAAGCUGGCGCACGCAUGGGUGAAUGGAAGGGCUGCAGAGGGCUCGAUCCUGCUGUGGCGGCACAAGUCACGAAUGCGAUGCCGCCAUAUCUGAUUGGCGUAGAAUCUACCUCCCCCAACCCCUUCAGCGCCACGGAUCGUGGCACGUGGAGAGAAGAUCUGCCACGCCUUGAGGACGGUCAGUAUGCACUGGACUUUGGUAAUCUCUAUUAUGAAGAAAUUGGACCGUCUCAGAAACAGGAGAAGAUCACCGGUCUACCUGCGAAGAGUACUUGCUGGGAGAUCUUGACUGUGCGGCUCGGUCAGUACGCAAACGAGAUGGCAGAGAAGGGCAUCGUCCUCACAGAUGAGAUGCUACAAGUCCGGGCGAGGUACAUCCUCUACGAAUCCAACGAUACCUGGAAUCAGACAGCGGCCGACAAUCCUGAGUGGCUUGACUUGUUCAAGAAAGCGCAUGGACUGGACUUCAUCCCUGGCAAAGUGGGGGCGCCAGGGCAGAACGUCCCUGAAGAUCUGGAGACGUACCAGGAUCUUGGUCUACGCAUUCCUUUCCAAGUGCAGUUGAAGACAUACAACGCCGCCGCCGCUCGACAUCGGGAAGAGACGAAGAGGGAGCGGGAUGUCUGGGCCAUCCUCUCCAAGGAGGGUGUGCUCCACGACCCCAAGACUGGAAAGUGCACACACAUUGAGUGCGAAGACAACAUCUUCGAUUCCCACACUGCUCCCUGCGACGGCGCGAACAAGAAUACAUGGCGUUGGUGCACAUACCAGCUCCCACCAUCAGAAGCACGCAAGGUUGCCGCACUGGUUUGGCCUUCGAGGGUCGACGACGACGUCUCGCAGCAACGUGCGAAGAACCUCGCUCGUGGCCUGAAUGCCCUAUCUCAUGUCUGCGCAGAGGGCGAGUGUCCGCCAGCAGUAACAGAUUCGCAACGUGACGACUACCACCCGCGCCACCGCUACGAACUGCCUAAAGAGCGCGCGCAGCGCUUCGCCACCACCACAGGGCCGUGGGAGCACAGUGGUCUCAUGCCACCGACCAUCUCGACUGCCGAGCUGGCCAAUACGCCCAACACCACCUCGACGGGUGCUAUGAUGGAGUUCUUGGGCGGUGAGAUCGGGCAGCAUUUGCCGUUCAGUGCUGAUCCCGAAACUGCGCUUAUCCCGAUCAACAAUGACUUCGACUGGGCGAUGCCGACGACGGAAGCGGAGGAAGCGGCGAUUAAUCGGGAUAUCGACCGCCUGAUAGCUGAGACCUCGGGGGGUCAACAGCAGCCGGCGAUGACGGGGAUGGAGUUUCCGGCCAUGACGGGGCCUGAUACGACUGCCAUGCCUGACUUCAACUUUGAUAUGGAUAUGGACUUUGAUGGGGUGUUCGAUAUGCCUAUGGACGACACGUUUGGGCCUAUGGGAGGGUCUUGA